UUUCCCCUUUUGUUUGCAACAGACCCAACCUUGGCAAAGAUAUUCGCCUGGUUUUGGGACUUGGGAUUGCAAACUUUUGCCUGGGCGUGGUAUUAUCUAUGAUUGGACUCCAAGAAGAUUAUAAUAAGCAGUACGAAAUGAUUGCAGUUCUCCUGAUAUCUGUGCUAGAUGCAGUCAUCUGCUUUUAUAUUUUCAGAAGUCUACGUCGGACCACAAAGAAACUACGUGAGAGUGGCAACACGGUCAAACUCUCUCUGUACCAACUCUUCACCGUCGGUCUCGUGGUCUGUAUUGUUGCCAGUUUGAUAUUUGGCACGUGGUUAAUGGCCGUUCAUCGUGGGACUGACUGCGACAAGGCGUGGCAAACCCUGUGGCUGAAUGUCUCCUUCUGGGAAAUUGAAUUUUUUCUUUUGCUGACAUUCAUUGCCGUUCUGUUCCGCCCAACUGCUUUCAAUCAGCACCAUGUUCUCUCCUUCGUGACCAACCGAACCAGGGAGGAGGACCAAAGCAAACAGCCCAUGCUCAAUGAAGCCUUUGAGGGGAUGAAAAUGCGCAACGUGGGUGAUAACGGCAAUCAGGAGAGCCAGAUGAUUGACAAGGAUUACAGAGAUAACGCUGAGGACGAGGAAACGACUCUGUAUGCCAAACUUGCUGACACUGUCUUGGUAGAUAAAGGUGAGGACGAUGAUCUUGGCUACUCCUUAUCCCUCUAGCUGGGUAGAAAAUGGAGAAAGGUCUUUCUUGUCAGAUUAAAUUAUGAAAGAUUCUGUUUUUCAGGUCCUGUUUCGACCCGAACGUGCAAUUUGUGUAAAAGUCGUC